AUGUCGUACGGUGGACCACCACAGAAUCAAUACGGCGGCGGUGCCGGUUACUAUGAUCAACAAGGCCAAGAACAUCCCCCUCAACCACAGCCAGGCUAUUAUCCACCAGAGGGCCAGCAGGCUUACAAUCAGCCCCAACAAGGCCAACAUCCAGGACCUUAUGAGCAACAAGGCGGCCAAAGCUACCAAACAUACCCCUCACAGCACCAGCAGGGCCAAUAUCCUCCUCAAGGCAGUCCUGGAUACGGCCAGCCUCCCCAGCAACAGCAGUAUCCACGAAAUGGCGGUGGCGAGAGCUCCACGUACUAUGGUGGCGCUCCCCCACACCAGCAAGGACAGCCUGGUGCUGUUGGACCGGAGGGUGACAGGGGCCUCGGGUCGACGCUGCUAGGUGGCGCGGCUGGUGGGUUCAUGGGCAAUAAGCUUGGCCAUGGAAUGCUUGGUACUGCUGGCGGUGCUGUUUUGGGUGCGGUUGGGAUGAAUAUCGCAACUAAGCUUGGCAAGGAACACAAGGAGCACAAGAAAGAGAAGAAGCAUAAGAAGGAUAAAAAGCACGAGCGGAAGAGCUCGAGGUCCAGCAGCUCUAGCUCAUCUUCUGAUAGCGAUUAA